CUGAACAACCUUGAACUAAAAUCAAUAAUGAGAAAUUAUAAGGUCAGUAUUAUGAUGACUUGAAUAUAUAUAUGUGUAGUUGGAAUGAUCGGAAAUGCUAAGUUCCAUUAGUUGAUUAUUUCUGUGACAUCUACAUAAUCAUAAUUUUGAUUAAUCAGUUAUUUUAAAUAACACUAACUGAAAUAAACAAUGAUCAUGGGUAAUACAAUUAAUUGUUCAGCUUUAAUCAGCCUUUCCACUUGGAAAAAAUUACUGCUGGUCACAUUGACCACCUACUUAUUAUUUUACCAGUCACUACACAAAAUAAAUUGCCUGAUACUUGUUCACUCGUAACUCCUAAUAAAUUGAUAAACAUAUGCAUACUAAAGGAAAAAUUGCACAUUGAAAAAAACCCUUCAUUUGAUAGAUUUAUUAAUGAACAGCUAUUACUUCUAUAUGUAUCUAUGUUGAUGACAUCAAUUUGAUCUCCAGCUCCUUGAAUACUGUUUACAUUACUCUAAUUGGUCUUGUUGUUUUCCUGCAUUUUCAUUUUAACGUUUUAUGAUAAUUUGCUAAUGGACACCUGUGGAGGAAUGGCAGUGUCAUUGCCAGUAAUUUUUCCUUCUCCAAACUCAAGUAGACUGAAUUGUGGGUGGAAAUGUAUGAUGCUGCUCUUUGGACUUGGAACUAAUUAUAAAAGGCAAGGAGUGGCAGCCUUGGUUUUGUAGAGAUGGAAAGAAUGCUAGUCUAAGUGAUUUGUUCAGCUUGGAAAUCAGACUUGAGGGAGUAGAGCCAGCCUGAUAAGUCACAACUCCAGUGAAGAUGACAGUCCAGCAUCUAAUGAGUGCCUAGCAGAAAAACUUCACUAGUGGAGCAGACAUUCUGUGUAUGGGGAUUUUUGAAUUGCCUCUUCUUCCAUUGUCAAAAUAACAGAAAGCAGGCUGAUAUAGUCUGAUUUCUAGUGAAGACAUUGCAUAAUUUUUUGGCUGAGAAAUAAUCAGAAAUAUAGGCAGAAGCUGCUCAAGUUGAAAUUCCAGUGUACAUAAAACCUCUGGAGGUUGCACAUAUGGACAAGAAGAAGCCUCUUAAGAGACCCCGAAUGGAUAACCCAUCAAUUGGAAUUCGUGGCCCAAUAGCGAAUGGCCCUCUACAUUCUCGCCCUCUUGUUGCAUUACUUGAUGGUCGAGACUGUUCUGUUGAGAUGCCAAUCCUUAAAGAUGUAGCUACUGUUGCCUUUUGUGAUGCUCAAUCCACCCAAGAAAUCCAUGAAAAGGUGUUAAAUGAAGCUGUUGGUGGACUAAUGUGGCACACAAUUACUUUGUCUAAAGAAGAUCUAGAAAAAUUUAAGGCUCUUCGAAUUAUUGUUCGCAUUGGUUCAGGAGUUGACAAUAUUGAUGUUAAAGCAGCUGGAGAUUUAGGAAUAGCAGUUUGUAGUGUUCCAGGCUAUAGUGUAGAAGAAGUGGCUGACACAACAUUGUGCCUAAUUUUAAACCUUUAUCGGAGAACAUAUUGGUUAGCCAACAUGGUUCGAGAAGGGAAGAAAUUCCAGGGUCCAGAACAAGUCAGAGAGGCUGCCCAAGGAUGUGCACGGAUUCGAGGAGAUACACUUGGAAUUGUUGGACUUGGCCGUGUUGGCACAGCUGUAGCCUUGAGAGCUAAGGUGUUUGGUUUCAAUGUCAUUUUCUAUGACCCUUACCUUCCUGAUGGAACAGACAGAGCACUAGGCCUGAACAGAGUGUAUACACUCCAAGAACUGUUGUUUCAGAGUGACUGUGUAUCCCUGCAUUGUACACUAAAUGAGCACAACCAUCAUCUAAUCAAUGAAUAUACUAUUAAACAGAUGAGGCCAGGUGCUUUCCUAGUUAACACUGCCAGAGGAGGAUUAGUGGAUGAAAAUGCCUUAGCUUUAGCCCUCAAGGAUGGCAGGAUCCGUGCCGCUGCUUUAGAUGUCCAGGAAAAUGAACAUUAUAGUAUUCAUGCUGGUCCAUUAAAGGAUGUCACAAACUUGAUAUGUACACCACACGCAGCAUGGUACAGCGAUGCCAGUUCAACAGAACUGCGAGAAAUGGCUGCAGCUGAAAUAAGAAGAGCAAUUGUGGGCCAAAUCCCUGAUUCAUUACGCAAUUGUAUCAACAAAGAAUAUUUAAACACAAAUGGUUGUGGAGAGAAUAUGAAUGGAGCUACUGCUUACAACUACAAUCCUAUGGGUGUACCCCAUUCUACAACACUGGAGCCUUUAUCUACAACCCCAUCAAUUUCAACUCCUCACUCUACACUUCAGGACACCUCAAAUCACAUGACCUCCAAGCCUGAAAGUUCAGAAGUCCAUUAGUGUCUGUGUAUAUCAAUCAGAACUUCUUUAAUCAAAAAACUGUCUGGCCAUUUGAUAAAUUAUGACUGGUGUUUUUGAUGAAAACAUUUCCCCAUUAUGUUAAUGUCUCUAAAACCCAAUUGACGAUAGCCAUGUUUUUCUCUGUAGAAAAAUAUUUGCAUUUCUGGUAAUGCCUGAGAGUCUGUCCUACUUUGUGAAACUUAGCAAGAAAGCUGAUGAUCUACUGUCCAUUUUGGUAUGAGACUUUCAAGGAUACGUACUUGAGAUUCUUUUCAAGUUAAAUCAAGAAAGAAGCUUUCACCAUCUAUAAUGAGAUUCAUUUACUACAGAAAACAUUACCUCACAAACUUUGACUUAAUAUGGUUAUGUCAUUCUUUCUUGGGCUAGCUUAUUUUUAUAAUACAGCUUAUGUAACCUUUUGUUGUCAACUUUGCUUCUGGAAUAAAAAGGAUACAAAAAUAUAACAAAGGCCAAACAGUUCAAAUAUGAAGGUGAUCAGAACAAUGACUAUUGUUACCAACACUGUUUGAAAAGAUAAAUAAAACGAAAUCUGUUUGUUGGCAAUACAUCUUAAACCUUGUGAGUCAUAAGUUUAGUUAGUUUUAUCCAACAUUGAAGAUUUUGAAUAUUUGGGUCAGGUUUUAUUUUUAAUUGAUAAGAUGUACUCUGGCUGGUUCACUGAGGCAGUAAAACCUCUGUUUACAUACAUAUGGAUAUACAAAGGCACUGGUUAAUGAGAUCACAAUUUUAGACCAACAUCUGAAGUAGAUGUGCAGAUUUUUCCAUUUUUGGUAGACAUUUUAUAAAUUCAGUACUGUAGAUGAUGCUACUAAUCCUACAUAAUUAUCGUGUUGUUAAAUUGAAAUGUGAAACUAACUGUAAACUUACUCUUUUUCUUUUUUUUUUUUUCUAUUAUCAUUUUUAUGCAUAGUGUAGUCUGUAAUUUCUUCAUUAUAUUUUCUUUCCCUUUUUAUAUAACAUUGCACUGUGUGUGUAGAAAACUAUGCUUCCUGAUUCAUUACAUUGUAUGUUGUGUAGUUUUAAGUGGAUUAAAAUGCAAGGAAUACAUAUCUUAAAACAAGCAUUCCAUUUUUAGAUAAGUAGUUUUUUGUUUUGUAGGUGAUUAAAAACAAAUUUCAUAUAGAAAACAAUGCUAGUUAUUUCACUGGACUUGGCUUAAUGUUGUCCUAUUAAUGUAGCAUUGACAAAAAUUCUUCCUUCAAGGUACGUAUGUAUAGUGCCUCUAACUCUUAUCAUUUUAAUGUUGUCACAGGGUUUUAAGUAUCAAUAUUUUCAUAAUGACAUACUAAUUACAAAAAAUGGAGUAAAUCGAAUUAUAUACAGAUGUGAAACAAUAUUACAGGAUGUCACUGGUUCUCUCAGUGGGUCAUUAGAUCUUCAUCCGUACUUAAUGAUUGUUUAUCAUUUUAUGUACGUUAGAAGAUAAAUGAAGUGUUGAAGAUAACUGUCUGAAUGAACUUAUUUGACUGGGCUGGUCUAGACUGUAGUGGCAGUUGUUACUUUUAUCAUGUUAUGAAUUCAUCUUGUAAUGUGUGAAAUCACUUUAGUUUCUGUUUCUUUGUUAUUAUGGUGAGAGUGAACAAUAAAUUUAUCACUUCUAUAUCA